GCCUCGAUCCCUGCAAAUUCGAUGGCGGAAGCAGUGGCAGAAAUGGGUGGUUACGGAGGCACGCUGGUGGCCAGCUUGAAAGUUCCCUCGGAGGCGCUGGUGCCCAGCGAACCGCCCAGCAAAACUUUAGCACCGGAGGUGGCAGACUGCGUGGUGAACCCCUUGCAGGCGCAGUAUGCUUGGGACUCCCUGAGCUCGCUGAUCGAGUCCUGUCGGAGGCUGCGGCAGAAGAACUUGGAGGCCAUGGCGGAGUUCCCAAAGCGUGGACCAUUUUGGGAGGAGAUGCCCAAGGUGGGCGAGACGAACUUGGGCACCGUCACAGGUGCGUGAUUCCGAGACGCCGUUCCAAACGGUAGGUCUUCCUGCGGAAAA